GGUCUUUCGUAUUAAGCAAGAAGAACUUGAAAAGAAAAGCAAUAAAAAAGAAUUAACAACUCAACAAGUUUAAGGAAACGAAGCAAUAGCAAGAAAAUGGCAGGACGCGGUAGAGGAAAGUCUGCUAUGUCCUUUUCCAUGGAACAGUUGGGCAUCGCUAAAGGAGAAAUACUACCAACACCAGUUCUGCAACCAUCUUUAAGUUAUCCUCCGUUGGAUCACAAACCUCCACCUAUUCAAAUAACUAACGAAAUGGAGUAUCUAGUAGAAUUAAAAAGGCAUUUCACUGAAUAUAUACGAGAGUCGCCAUAUUAUGUGAAAGCUGCUAUUAUAAAUGAAGAUAUUGAACGAUAUAGCGAUGCUUUUAAAGAAGAUUUUGUAGAUAAUGAUGAAUCGAAAUAUGAGGCACACCAUGAUUGGAGCUUAAUGCCAGAGGAAUUAAAAGCGUCGAGGAAACGAAAAUCCCGGCAGCAGAAAGGAAAUAAGAAGAAAAAGGACAUGGAUAUUGUGAAAAAGUUGACAGAAUUGGAGAAAAAAGAAAAUAUGCAACAACCUGCAGAAGAGGAAGAUAAAGAGGAAGGGGGUGAAGAGGAGAAUGAUGAAGAAAAAGAAGAUGGUGUAAGGGAGGAAGAGGAAGAAGACGAGAUGGAUGAUGGGACUGAUUACGCAAAUGAAUAUUUUGAGAAUGGCGACAAUUACUAUAGCGAAGAUGAUAAUAAUGACGAUCAAUUCUUUGAUGCAUAAAUGCUUGUAUGUUUCAGAAAAAUUUUUUUUAUAUCUUGACUUAUAUCUCCCAGACAUUUUCAAAGCUCUAAUCACAAGUAGAAUUGAAAAAACAUUUCACUGAGUAUAUGCGAGAGUUGCUAAAUUAUGUGAACGCUGAUAUUGAAAAUGAAGAUAUUAAAUAAUAUAGCAAUAUUUUUA